AUGGUGUGGCUGCUGUGGCUGUGGCUGCUGUGCGCCCCGGGCUCGCCCUCCGCCCCCCGCAGCCCGGGCAGGGGGGCGAGGGGCCGGGCAGGGGGCGGGGGCGCGGGCGGGGCGGUCAGGCUGCCCGGCGGCUCCCUGCUCCGGGCUCGGCGGCCGGGCAGGACCUGGGCGGCCGGCGGCCCGCGGUCAGGCCGGGGCUCGGUGCAGAGGGACGACGGCCGGUCUCACCCCUGGAAGGUGCGGAGGGUCCCGGGCAGAGCUGCGGCCGCCGCCAGGAGCCGCGCAGCGCGCUUCCAGGCUACUGCCACUCCCGGAGUGCUGGCAGGGCUGGCGGGCAGGCAGCGCGUCUGGGUCAUCUCAGCCCCCGGCCCGGCCGACGGCUACUACCGGCUGAUGCUCAGUUUGCUGAAGGAUGAUGUGUACUGCGAGUUGGCGGAGAGGCACGUCUCCCAGAUCCUGCUGUUCCACCGGGAAGGGCAGGCGGCGGGCAAAGUCAGGAAGAUCACCAGUGAGGGCAAGAUCCUGGAGGAAGCCCUGCCUGGCAGUGCCAUCCCCAAACUCAUGGACUACCUGAAGCUGGAGAGAGGGAAAUUCGGCAUGGUGCUGCUCAGGAAGAACCUGCAGGUGGAGGAGCACUACCCUUACCCGGUGAGGCUGGAGGCCAUGUAUGAGGUGAUAGACCAGGGGGCCAUCAGGAAACUGGAGAGGAUGAGGCAAACUGGCUUUGUGCAGAGAUGCAAGCGAGCCGGACUGGAGGGCCAGGUGGUCGGGGCCGCACAAGGCAAGAGGAAGAAAGGAGGAGAAGAAGAAGACCCGAAACCUGUGCCCACCAGCCCGAGCGCCCAUCAGGUCACACGUCAAAAGGAGACCAGGCAAGAAAGGGGGCCAGUGAGAAAGAAAAAGCUUCUCGUCAGGAAGCCAUUCCGGACACUUGGGAUGCCACAUGGGAGCUCGAGGCUAGAGAGCACGACUGUUAUGUCAACUGUUACAACAACCAGCCCUCCGCCUGCUCCCAGUACAACGGUAGCCGUGCCCACCGCAACCGUGCCCACCGCAACCGUGCCCACCGCAACCGUGCCUGCCACCAUUGGUUCUGAGAGACACGUUGACACCUCCUUCACAGGGUCUCAUACAACACUGUCACAUCCCAUCCCAGAAUUUCACAGGCCACCAAUAGUCAUCGAGACUCAAACCAGAUCAACAGGUGACCCUCGUAGGGAUAAGCACCAAGUGGCAGCCACCACAGACUGGAACAGGCUUAUUCCCAGCAAAUCCACAAAAGCUGUGGGCCUCAGUCCUUCGUCACCUGCUCCAGAGACAACAGUCACUCCAGUGUACUACACGAAGGUACAGACAGGAAAAUACAAAGACAACCGUACUGACAGAAAGGAGGGUGAUUAUAAGCGUAAGGACCCACAAGUAUCCCCCUCUCGACGCAAACCCACCAAGGUCAAACCGCCCAAAACAAAGCCCACCAACAACAAAAUCCUGACCAACGAAUAUGAAGACAGGUAUGACCUCAAGAAAACCGCCGCAAACAUUGGAGGCGAGGUUGAAGUGGGACAAGUGCCACCGAGGAAAGUGAAGAAGAAGCAGGGCAAAGUAGACAAGCGUCCGAAGAAGCCCAAACCCGAGAAGACUAAGAAAAAACUCAAGAUCCAAAAACCGAAAAAGAAGCCGAAACCCGUGAAGAAACUUAAGGCUUUGAAGGCAACCAGUCCUAACACUAAAAAAAAGACAAACAAGAAACAGGAGUUAAAGAAAUUCAGGAAGACUCCAGCUCCAGUUGCUGCUACACCAUUGGAAUCCUUUCUCGACAACUUUGAAAAUCGUCGGCGACUACUACUUAUGACCUCUCCAAAUGAGAAAAACAACAUGUAUGUACAGCAGCGAGAUGAGUUCUUAGAAUCUGUCUGUGAAAUGGCAUUAAGAAAAAUCUCCAUUAUCACCAUAUUCGGGUCUCUGAUGAACAGCACCAUGAAAAUUGAUCAUUUCCAACUAGACAAUGAAAAGCCCAUGAAAGUGAUUGGAGACAAUGAACUUCUGGACCAGAACCUCAUAACUGAACUUCGCAAAGAAUAUGGGAUGACGAACAACGAUUUCUUCAUGGUGCUGGCGGAUUUUGACAUGAAAACUAAGCAAUACUAUGAAGUACCAAUCGCAAUGAAAGCCGUGUUUGACUUCAUUGACACCUUCACAACAAGGAUCACAGAAAUGGAGAAGCAGAAGAAAGAAGGUCUGAUAUGCAAGAAAGAGGACAAGCCUAGAUCACUAGAACAUUUCUUGUCCAGGUUCCGUUGGAGGAGACGUUUGUUUAUUAUUUCCACCCCCUCUGAUGAAGAGUGGGCCUACCAAGAUCAGCUGCUUGCCUUGGGUAUACAGGCCUGUCAACUAGGUUUGCGUCACUUGGCCGUUCUGAAGUUGGUAGGCGUGGGAAAUGACGUUGGAGGAGUUUUGGAACUCUACCCAAUUAAUGGAACCUCAAGUGUUGAUCGUGAAGAACUCUCCACGUCCCUAGUAAUGGACAUCCGAAACUAUUUCCAAGUGACUGCAGAGUAUUUCGCAAUGCUACUGGUUGGGAAAGAUGGAAAUGUCAAGUCUUGGUAUCCAACUCCAAUGUGGAAUAUGGCCAUUGUAUAUGACCUUGUUGAUUCCAUGCAGCUUCGCAGACAAGAAAUGGCCAUUCAGCAAUCACUGGGGGUGCGCUGUCCAGAGCACGAAUAUGGAUACGGUUACCAGCACGGUUAUUACCAACAAGGUUAUCACGGUGGAUACCAUUACUAAGGAGAAAACUGCAACCUUUUUCAACUCAAAUUCUGCAAAUCCCAAGAACCAAAUUCUUCAGCAACCUAAAUCUAAAACUACAUUUGAUACCGAUUUGACAAGUCAUUUGAAACAAAAACUUAAGAGAAAUGCUUUGGGGGAGAAAAAAUGAAUUGUCUGUUGUGUUCUGCAAUUAUUCCAUGACUGCAUCCCUGAUAAAAUCUCUUCAAGUUCUGAGUCACUGCUGACUUAUGGAACAAAUGACCAUAGUGGACUAUCUGACUAAUAGCCCUCUUUAUUUUUAAGAAAUUCCAUAAAGAUGAUGCUACUAAAGGACAUAGCUGCAUUGUUUUCCAUGGCCAUAAGACUGUGCUUUCACAUGGAAACUCUGCAUUCAUAAUUGGACCUUUUCAAUGAAUUUAUUGUGGAGCAGAGUUAAAAGUUGUUUAAUGUAGAAAUGGGACUCCAACCAAAAAUAUCAAAGGAGCAAAGUGGAGAGAAUGAUUGUCAUUAUCCUCAUUGUGCAUCGACAGUUUAAGGACAAAAAUAAUUGCAGAAUUUUAAAAAAAUUCAGCUGGUGUUAGUGCUGGCUGCUUAACAGAAGAACGUAUCUGAGCCUGUACUAAUAAAAAUACAGGGCACUUUGCCAUUAGUAUCACAUGGCUGAUGCAAUGGCAAACACAAGUAAUGCAAUCACACACCUACAAAACAGUACAGUACAAGGAAAGAUACGCCAAAGAUCACAGUACGGUCAGCUAGUGGAAUGCCAAUGUACAGGAUUUAAUGGCUGCUAGUAAUACUGCAUCAAACAAUUCUACAUAAUAUUCACACAAAUCAAUUAUAUUCCAAGCAAUGUUUUAAAACUCUAGACAUGUCAUCUUACUAAACUACAUUUGGUUAAAACGAAACUGUGGGAUUGAAGGGUUGAAGAAUGGUAACCAUCAUUCUACGGUUAUAGGAGGGAAAUUCAUGAGGGGAGAGACAAUUGCCUUUAAUAAACAUAAUAAAAUAAAACAUAAUAAAAAAGUUAUAAAAUUGUAAACACCACUAAAAUAAAUUAUACAUAGGAACCCAAAUAAGCCAUUCUGCCAAUCAAGCCAGUUUCGCCAUUAUAUUACAUUGUAGCAGAUCAUUUAAUCCCAUGUCCAUUCUUUUUCUCUGAAUAUCUUAUGUGGAGGAUGUCAAAUGUUUUUCAAUGUUGGAGAUUUUUCUUUUUAUCAUUCCUAUUUCUUUCCACGUCCCAUUUUUUCCCUGGAGAUCCCACAAACGGUAUUUUCUCCUCUUCACAUUAACACUUUAAGAAUGCUCAGAUGUAACGAGGAUGCCUAUUGGCAUAAAUGUACAUCAUUGCAGAUUAUAAUCACUUCUAUUCUCAGAAUUGAACUAGGGAUAACUUCAUUCAGAUUUGAAGAAAAUGUGUACUGUUGUUUAUUUUUGGAAGUGGCUAGAAAUCCCACUGAGCUUAUGUAGUAGCCCAUAGUGUGUGCCUUCUUUUGCGGUGAAUACAUUUAGAAAUACUUAUAAUUUAAACAAGUAUAAUGUUAUUAGAAAGCAGACAGCUAUCAGUAUUAUGUGGUAUUCUCACACCUUUUGAAGAGUUUGGUAAAUGGGGAAGAUAAUAGCAUUAGCCACAAUUUAUUCCUUCCUUUCAUUUUGUAUCAAUGUACUAUAAUAUGUAAAAUGCUUUCUGGAUCAUUGUUAUGUGGGCAAACAUUAAUAACAGCAAUCUGACUGGUUGGUAAAAAGAACUGUUGCUGUAACAGAAAAAUCAAAACACUGCUCAUGGUGCCUAGAAAAUAAACAUGGUGUACUCUCUUUUCCUUCAGUCCGUGGUUACGGUCAGCACUAUUUUAAUUUUAGGGUACUUAAUCUCGCUUCGCACUGUUUGCACAUAUACACAAUUGUAGUACAUUAGUGUGAAGAUUUUUGGUUAGAAAAAACCAACAUUGAAAAUGUAAAGUAGGAAUAAAGGGAUAUAUAAAAUUGCUUUAUUAGUUUUAAUGCCAGAUCUUUAAUAAACAAUUUUUUUAUAUACAUGUUAUAGAGGUCUUGCUCAAGGAGAGUAAUUGUCUGAACAUUAAUCUCUUGCAGCGUAGUAUUCUACUGCAUUUGUACAGCUGGGAAAAGAGCCUCUUUGUUUCCAGCCAUGCAGUGCUGUGGUUUGGGAAGUUCAAUUUAUAUUCCCUUUGAUUUAAGUCAGAACAAAAGGCAAAUGCUUAACUUUAGUGUUCUAAACAUUGGGAUCAAAUACUCACAUCAGGCAUUUUUUAAAAGAAGCUUUAUAUUUCAAAUUGCCAAUCUCACGAUCAGUUCUGGAAUAACAUUUUAUCCAUUAAAGAUGUUUUGCCAUUCAAUUAGGAGAAAGGGCUCAGUACAACUCACACCAAACCUGGGCACUGGAUGGUACAAGUCAUACUGUUACUGAAAGCACUUCCUCCAGGUGGAUGUCAGGAGAAUUUGCAAUGAGGUUCGGGCUUGUCUGUUUAUAAUACAUGAUCAAUAAAGAUUAAGAUUGUACAUUGAUCAUUCACCUUGGAGCACAAUCAUUUUAAUAAAGGAACAAAUAUGCACCAGUAAAA